AUGUCUAUGAGCACAGCAACGGCGCGUGGGGACGCUUUAAGUAUUGAAAGUGACCCAGAUGGUUAUCUCCUAUUCGUGACAGUCCUCCAGUGCGAUAAAAAUGGUGUCGUGAAGUGUACAAGUACAAGUGAUACCAUACAUUACGGCGGAACUUGGAGAAUUGUGGAGCCUCGUGUUACCAUCAGCUGUGUGCCAAACGUGCCUACUCUGCGUGAUGAUCUUACUGGUACGGAGCGACAAGAUUUUAUUGUGGAGCUGACGAAGUGUGGAAAGACUCCGGCCGAGAUCGAGCGAAUUGUGAUACGUAUGUUUAAUUCACCACUAGUGUCUUCGUCAAAGGCAGCGACUUAUAUUGAGAAGAAGUAG